AUGUCGGCCCCUCCGAGGGACGAGCAGGACUUGUUUCUGGAGGAGGCCUUCGGCUUCGCGGCGGAGCAGCGGUUCUACCUCCGCAAGGCCAUCCAGCAGAACGACAUGGAGAACGCCCUCAGAUACAGCAUCUGCCUCACGAACGAGCUGAGAUCCUCGAUGCUGCAGCCGAACAAGUACUACCAGCUGUACGCCCUGGUGUUCUGGGAGCUGCAGCACCUGGGCGCGUUCGUGGGCAGGGAGGAGCGCCACGGGCACCGGCUGGCCGACGUCUACGAGAUGGUGCAGUACGAGGGGAACGUGCUGCCCCGCCUGUACCUGCUGGUGACCGUCGGGGCCGUGUACAUGAGGGAGGUCUGCGACCCCGCCCUCGCCAAGGGGAUCCUCGAGGACCUGGGCGAGAUGCUCGGCGCGGUGCAGCACCCAGUCCGGGGGCUCUUCCUGCGGUACUACCUGCUGCAGAUGGUCAAGGACAAGCUGGGCGAGCUCGACAGCACGCGAGACGCGCUUCAGUACCUGCUCCGCAGCCUCCGGGAGGCCAUCAGCCUCUGGUCGCGCCUGCGGCUGAGCGACGGGCAGCCUACCCCGGGCAGGCUGGGCGGCAGCGACGCCGGCGGCGAUGCGCCGAGCGACCUCAUCAGCUCGGAGCCCUCGCCGGUGGCGAGGCCCUCCGCCGCCGCGGCCAGCGACGGCGGCGCGUGCCACCAGGACGCGGACGCCAACGCGUUCUCCGCCGCGUGGCUGCUCGACCGCAACCGGCACGCGCUGCGCUUCCUGGUCGCCGCGCACCUGAUGCACAUCUCGGCUGGAAUCGCUGACCCUGGAGUUGUACAAGGAGCUCGUCCUCCCCGAGGUGCUGCGGGUCAGCAGCUCGUGCGAGGACGCCGCUGGUCAGGCCUACCUCCUCGAGUGCUUCGUCGAGGUGUUCCCCGACCGCUUCCACCUGGGCACGCUGGAUGUCAUCCUGGCGGCCAGCGGCCAGGUGAACUGGGUGGUCGACCUGCGGCCGCUGCUGCAGCACCUGCUCCAGCGGAUCACCGUGCACAGCGCAGAACUGGGCGGCGGCGCGAGGCCCCCGCUCGACGCCUUCGCGGUGUUCCACGCGCACCUGGAGAGGCUGCGCCGGCGGCCCCGCGGCCCCGCGACCCCGACGGCGUCGCUGCUGGCGCUGCAGCUGGAGCUCGGGCUGUCGGCCCUCGCGCUGCACCCGGGCGACGCGGCGCGCGCGGAGCUGGUGCUGCGCGGCACCGCCGAGCUGCUGGAGCAGCGCACGGGUGA